GCGAGCGGAGAGCUCGCAAGGGACAAGUGGGCGAUGGAGAGGAGAGGUACCAAGAAGGACUGGGCAGAAGAACCCGGACGAUCAAACUUAAGCUGCAAGUCAUCAACAAGCAGUGAGUUGUGUUUGGAAGAUGUGCCCAAUCCCUUCCUGGUCACCAUGCACAUCAUCACCAACCCGGGCAGUGCACCAGCCUUGCAGAAAGCUGUUGACAGCCUGGUGACUUGGAUUGACCCCAGCUUGCGGCUCUUCGUGGCCUCCGAGGGCGGUUCCGCGCUGCCGGUGGGAAGCGUGACUGACGAGGACCAGCCGGCGCUCGCUGUGAUCAUCUUCGUCCGUGAAGAGUGCGGGCAGCAGAUCUCCCGGCUGCACGAGUGUUUCCUCCACCCGCCGUGGCAGUACCAUCACACCGAGAGGGUCAAGGGCAGGAUCCUCCCUUACAUGCCCAGGAACCAGGACUUCUUCACCCUGGCUGACCACGCCAUUCUCUGGGCCGUCAGGCAGGUUCACUACGGGAAAGAAAUCAUCCGCCUCACCCUUUACUGCAGCUUCGACAACUUCGCCGACACAGUCGGGAUGUACGAGUUGAUCCUGAAACGCGUGGCGUCGAAGUACAGGUCGGACUUUGUUUUCUUCACUGUCUACUCCAGCAUGGAGGUGGAGAUUCAGCUGUCUUUGAAGCGGCUGCCAGCAGGUCGGCUCCCAGCUCCAUGCCCGUCCAACGUUCUGGAGUUCAGAGUUCACGCUGUGGGCUGCCUGGUCCCUCUCCUGCCCAAUCCCUGUAGCCCCAUCAGUGAGAAACGAUGGCAAACCGAAGACUACGAUGGCAACAAGCUCCUGUUGCAGGUGCAGGAUUUGUUCAGAGGUCCGUGGAGAAGGAGGGGAGUUCCUCAGUUCACCGCAGUGAGGAGUAACUCCUUCACUCCCCUGUGUACAGUGAUGCCUCGUGGUUUGGGCUGUGCACCGGAACGAUGUGGUCAACACCAGCUGAGUAGCCACAAGCCCCACCAAUCCAGGGCGCUUGGUCGCUUCUGUGGGAGUUCUCAAGAAGAUCUCUGGGGUGGUAAAGAAGGGGACACCAGGAGACGUGACAGCAGUGCCUCUGGGUACUCGCGGACAGCCCAGCGCAGCAAGUCCCUGUUCUGCCUGCCGACUUUCACCGGAUCAGUUUCCUCCUCGUUGUCUUCAUCGCCGCUGGGCGAGAUGGCUCUCUCUCUCUGUGACCACCGUCGGCUGACCAGAGUCCCGGCCCGAGGCGUCGUGCAGGGUGUGGAUGGCAUGGCGGAGACAGAUGUGGACACAGGGUUAGCCACCUCCUGCUCCGAUCUCUCUGUCUCCACACUGGACAGCUUCAGCCAGGACUUGAAGGUUGCUCUUCCCUCCUCACGGAAGUGCGGCAGGAAUCUAGCAUCCGGUCUCUUCAACUCCUCAUUCUCGGCAAGACACCCACUCCCUUCCCUCUAUGAGCAGAGUCCUGGUUCCUUCCCUCACUUCCAAGAGUUCUCCCCCUCCCGUCUAAAGCCGCGCUCUCCAUCUCCCCGGGACCCCAUUACCACCUCUUGGCUCUGCCACAGAGCAAAGCAGUCGUCAUCUCCAGUAGCAAACUGUCCUGCUGGGAACAAAAGGUGCCCCGAAAGCCAACAGGCCAACACUUGCCAAGACCCAGAGCAGGAGUUCUACAUCUGACCCAUUUGGUAGGGCCCUGGUCUCCUCCUGUUGGCGAUAGGCAUGGUGAAUGGUAGAACACAAACAGCAGGCAUCAGAUUAUUCUGCUGCAGUGAAAGACAGGCCACUAUGUCCUUGCAGGAGACGGUGAGGUUUGGAUAUUACUGAUUUAACAAAUGCAACUGUUCAUAAGCAUCCGAGAUGAGAGGAGAUCUAAAUGACAUAUUCCUUCUGAACUGACCACGUUUUACAUGUCCAACAAGACAUACUUGCCAGAGAUCCAAAGAGCAUUGAAGGCUUCAAGAAUGAAACCAUGUUGUGUUUACAAGGAUUAAUUAAUUACCUGAUAGAGGGGAAUGGAGGCAGGUUACAAAAUGUGUCAUUAGAUCAUUCUUAACAACAGUAUCUGCAAUUCCUUUCUGUUAAAAUGUGCAAAUUUGUUUUAUAAUUCUCCGAUUUCAACCAGAUAAUAGAAUAUUUUUG